UGUUAAGCUAAGUUAAAUGAAAACAGUAGUAUCAGACUAUUAUAAUAUUGGGGUUAAAUUCCAAGAAAACUGUAAUCGAUUGCGAUUCUUCCAAAAACAUCAUUAAUGCUUGCAGAUUGAUUUUUCAUAACUCAUUCUCAACCUUGUUUGAUUGCUCAGAAAACCUACACUAACAAAAAAAAUCUGUUUAGUUUUUUUUUUUUUAAUUUUAACUUUAAAAAUCUUAACCUCACUCCUCACCUAAGUCAGAUAGUUUGAAUCUGUAGUUUUUUUUUUUUUUUAGUUUUUACUUUACUUUUAAUUGAAGGAAGCUUUUAGUUGGGGCAAAACGCAAGUGCAAGAAUGUAUAUGCUUGUUUAACUGAAGGAUUUUGGGUUGCUGUUUCAUUGAUGUGGGAGAGAAACUAAACUUCGUAUCGGAAUCAAGCUCUUUCUAGUAUGGCUAUUUGCAGUUAUCAACGUUUUCAUUUUUAGGUUAAGGUCACUACCUGGGCUCGUGCUAGAACUAUGCCUCGAAAAGUUAACUAUGGACUUGAUUAUGAUGAUGAUUAUGAUGAUAACUACGACGAAUAUGACUACGGAUAUGAAGUAAAUGAAAAUGCAGAAACACCUCCCCAAAAAGAAACAAUCAAACACAGUGUGUGGCGUUGCUCCAUUUGUACAUAUGAUAAUGAUGAAACCAUGUCAUCAUGUGAUAUUUGUGGGGUUCUUCAUGGUCCUUUGCUCAAUAACUCCAUCUAUGAUAAGAAGAGAACAGCCAAUAUUUUUGACUUAAAAUCUUCCAGAGUUUCCUCGACUGUGGUUGGGAGGGAUGAAGCUGUUAAAGUAAGUUCUAUGAGAUCAGAUAGUUCAAAUCAGUCAACAGAAAAAGGCAAGCACAAUAGAUUAGAUGAGAUUAAUAUUUUGAAGAAUAUAGAAGUUGGUCCACCAGCAGGUUCCAGAACUUCAGAUAACUGUUCUGCUUCAGUGCAAGAAGGUUGGCUUGGUCAUGUGGAUGAAAGCAGUGUUGCAGUUAAUCUGCGAUCUAGCGGGAAAAGCUCUUUGUCAUUGAUGCCAAAAGAAAGAAAUGUUAUGGUGGAUGAUAGCAGCUCUUCAAGGAACGGAGGUGAGGCAAAUAGUCUCACCAGUAAUCUGGAAAAUAUUUCUUUUGCUGCUAAAUCCGGGCACUCCAAUGAUGCAAACCCUGGAAGAGCAAUUUCACGGGCACAGUAUAAACCUGAAAAGUGGAUGCUCCCUGAAAAAGCAGAACAGUCACUGACUCAACUAAAUCUUGCAAUUGUUGGGCAUGUGGAUUCGGGAAAAUCGACGCUCUCUGGUAGACUGCUUCACCUUUUGGGAAGAAUAUCCCAAAAAGAAAUGCACAAAUAUGAAAAGGAGGCCAAAUUACAGGGAAAAGGAUCCUUUGCUUAUGCUUGGGCAUUGGAUGAAAGUGCUGAAGAAAGAGAAAGGGGAAUUACUAUGACUGUGGCUGUGGCUUAUUUUGAUUCAAAAAGAUAUCAUGUUGUUGUCCUUGACUCCCCAGGGCACAAAGACUUUGUUCCAAACAUGAUAACUGGGGCAACACAAGCUGAUGCUUCAAUUCUUGUAAUAGAUGCUUCUAUUGGUUCAUUUGAAGCUGGUAUGGAUGGCACCAAGGGGCAGACUAGGGAGCAUGCACAACUCAUCCGAAGUUUUGGCGUUGAUCAACUUAUAGUUGCUGUUAACAAAAUGGAUGCUGUAGAUUAUUCUAAGGAAAGGUUUGAUUUGAUAAUAUCACAGCUUGGGGCAUUUCUCCGUUCUUGUGGCUUUAAGGAUUCCUCUGUCUCUUGGAUUCCAUUGAGUGCUGUUGAAAACCAGAACUUAGUGUCUGCACCUUCGGAUUUUCGACUAUUCUGGUAUCUUGGACCCAAUCUGUUAGACGCGAUUGAUUCCUUCCAACCUCCUACUAGGGAGUUUUCAAAGCCUCUAAUUAUGCCUAUAUGUGAUGUUAUAAAGUCACCUUCACAAGGGCAGGUGUCUGCAUGUGGCAAGUUGGAGGCUGGAGCUGUAAGAAGCGGAUCAAAGGUUUUAGUUAUGCCAUCUGCAACUAUAGCAACUGUGCGUUCAUUGGAGCGUGAUUCCGAAGCUUGCCCAAUUGGAAGGGCUGGAGAUAAUAUAGCUGUCAGCCUGAAUGGAAUAGACGGAAACCAUGUGAUGGCUGGUGGUGUGUUAUGUCAUCCUGAUUUUCCAAUUGCAUUUGCAAAACAUUUGGAGUUGAAGGUGCUUGUUUUGGACGGUGCAACUCCAAUUUUAAUUGGUUCUCAGUUGGAGUUUCACAUACACCAUGCAAAGGAGGCUGCAAGAGUUGCAAGGAUAUCAUUGUUACUUGAUUCAAAGACUGGGAAAGUUGUGAAGAAAGCACCCCGCUGCAUUCUUGCUAAGCAGAGUGCAGUUGUUGAGGUGAUUUUGCAGGAAGCGGUUUGCGUGGAAGAGUUUUCGAAAUGCAAAGUCCUUGGAAGGGUGUUUCUUAGGACAUUAGGAAGAACGGUUGCUGUGGGCAUCGUGACCCGAAUAGUGGAGGAGCAGCAAUAGUUGCCAAAGUGUGGUCAAAGACUCAUACACACUUAAAACACAUACUUGGGCAGCUUUUAAAGCUCCAACUUUGUUAGAGAGGAGUUCCUGUAGUAUUCAAGACCAAUGUGGACAAUGGAGAGAUUUCCUUUUAUGCGGCUAAUCUAAUACCUACCUAUUCCAUGUCUGACCAAAUAAUUUCAUGUGUGAUUUGAUUCUUUACAUAUAAGUUAGGACAAGGACUUGGAAGAAACGUGUGAAAAAUGUGCUGCACGUCUUGGCUUAUAUCUCCUUGCAAGAAAUGGAACCAAUUAAUUUUAA